AUGCAAAAUGACUGCUUAAAAUCCAAUCCAAUUGAUAUGUUCACAUUCCAUGUGCAUGAAAUGUGGAGUCAAUAUACAAAUCCAAGAAAAUACAAGGUAUCACAUUUCAAUCCAAACAAUAGUCAAAUCUAGAAUAAAUUUAGAAUCCAAUGUCCAAAAUGUCGUAAAUUGACACACACUUAUGAUAUCAAGAAUUUGUUGAUAGAAAAUAAUGAAUUAUAUCUAAUCACAGAUUCAAGUGAAAUGGAAAAAGAAGUACUUAACGAAAGCCAAUUCUCACUCUAAAAGAAUUAAUAAGAUGCUAUAUUGGGAAGAAGAUAAUCCAAUGCCUAUUAAAUUUAAGAUUUAUCGUAACCAAACAAUAAGAAUGUCUAAAAGAUAAGCGAAAUGUUUACUGUACAGGCCACUCACAAUAACCCACAGAAUGCCUUUAAUCAUUCCUAGUUUAAUAAAAAGAAACCAAAUUUAGGAAGUGAAAGAAUAUCUCCCAGUAAACAAUAAUCAAAGCCAACCUAAUCAAAUCACUAAAAAAAGCAGUCCUAUUAAGUACCCUAAUAAUAAGAAGUUGCAAUUGAAUGCAAGGCUAAAACAUAAGCGAAUACAUCAAACAUUUAAUAAAACAAAAUCAAUGACUUCUUUAAACCUAAUUCUAAUACUCCUGUUGCAACUCCAACAACUAUUGCAUCCUAAUUAUUGUUUCAAUAAACCGACAAUAAAAAACCUAUCUAACAAUAGCAAUAAACCAUAUAUUAAUAACAACAAUAAUACUAACAGUAAUUGUAAUAGCAAAGUAAAACUGAUAAGGUAUUUGACACGAAAUAAUAUUAUCCUGAAGAAAAGAAACUAUCAACGCCAAAAUAUAGCGAAAUGAUAAAAGAAAAAGAGAAUCAACUUUUAAAAGAAAUUUCAAAAGAUAGUUCAAACACAUCCAAAGAAAUAUCAGAUAACUCUAGACACAAAAGAAGUUCUACAGGUCUUAUCUAAGAAACCGAAGAACAAGCCUCUGUAUAAAUUAUUCAGUCUUACUUUAAAAUGGUUCAGAAGAAUGUUUUGAAGCUAGAAAAGGAUGUGAUUGCAGCAGUUAACAAUAAGUAAGUAGAUCCUCAAUGCAUCUAUCAAAAACUCAAAAUGCUAACAGCAAGGGUUGGUGAUAAUGAAGGUGAACUCAUUUAAUCCAUUAAGGUUAUGUAGAAGUUACAUUCAGAAAUAAUGGGACUUUCUACUCCAUCCUAACAUAGAAAAACUAGUUCUCAUCAAAAUACAAGUCACAGAUACACUAAUACAAGUAAUUAUGUGAAAAAUAUUGAAAAAAGUGAUUAAAGUAUUGGAGCCAUGCCUUAAGAAUUAAAAAUAUAUAAAAAGUUUUUAUGA